GAGCCGGAAGUCACGGCAAACGUGCUAUCUUAGUGGUACAUUCGUGCAGAUGGGUUUCAUGUUUGAGCUUGAGUUAACUACAUAGUAAUGAAAUAUUCUGAAGCGAUUUCUGUGCACUAUGAAUUUGAUCUUGAAAUGUUGGAGAAUCGAUUUCAACCACAACCGCACCAAUAUUAGCUAACAAUGCAGAUGCAUCUCCGUGUUUGCUGCUAACGAUUCAGCCAGGUUUGCUCAUAUGCUACCAGAGCUGGCUGAGAUGGACCAGCCUGGAAAUCAAAUACACUAUAGUGCAACAAGGUUAAUAGGCUUAACGUUGUUUUAUGCCUCCAAUAACAUAGUAAUGCACGACGCAAAGGGCUGCAAAUAACUGCCAAAUUAGAUAGAUACAUCCAAAUUAAGGUUGUCUUCAACUGUAAUUCCUCUACUAUUUUACUAAUGGGGACCUAAGACCCACCACUGGAUUUCUUAAUUGAAACUUCUUCUCCUGACUGAAACUGGGAAGUAAACAUCAGUUGCCAUGCGUAUCAGUCUCUGCCAAGGCCUGUUGACUGGUGCCAUCAUCCUCAACCUCCUCAUUCUUUACUAUGUGUCCCGCACUCAGCAGCAAAUGAUGGACAAGAGGAAGGAGCUUGGCAGGGGCACGAGGAGGGCUGCCCUUCCAGCCUCUGGUCUGGGAGGAGGCCUGGGGGUGCCUGUAGGAGCUGGUGGUGAGCCUGGAGUGGUUGGAGGGGAAGGACACAGUCGUGGCCCACGUGUAACUGUUCUUCUCAGGGAGUUUGAAAACUUUGAGAAUUAUGUUGGAGAUGUGGCUAAAUCUUUCCUCCGCCAGAGACCUGAGCUUCCCUUCCUGGCUGUGGCAGACGCGUCUCCGUACCCUCCCCUGGUACUUCCAGAGGGGGCCCGCCUUCUAGUUCUCUCCCCCAGCCCAGACCAGCCACCACAAGCUCACAGGCCAGAGUUCCAUGUUCAGACGGAGUUUGUGCUGCUGGUGCCUGACGGGGUGGAGUUGGAACAACCUCGGGCCAUCGAGAGGCUGAUCAGGGAGUUGGAAGGUGAGGGUGGGGGGCCUGUGAGGCUGGUAGCUGCACCUGUGCUGGCUCGAUCAGCCGUGCAGUGUCUCCACCUGCGGGUGAACCUCAGAGAGUGGACCGCCACCUACUCACCAGCUGCGUCUGGGAGCAGCGGAAGUGUGUGUUCAGCUUUACAAGGAGAUGCCGUUGUUCUCAUUCGCACUGAAGAUCUUUUUAAUCUCUCUGUCCCUGUGGGGCGGCCCCUCUUCUCCUCGCUCUUCGUCCAGACUGCCUUGAGAGGCUGGAAAGUCAAGCUUCUGGAGAGCCCUUGUUUCGCCGCGAACCAUCGGCCCCUCUUCAGCUCAGCCCACAACCAGUGGAAGGCCGACACUCGACUGAAGGAGGCCACUGGGAAGCUCAUGAGGAGCUUUGGUCUGAAGCGUCUCCUGCUGCCUGAUGGGAAGGACCAGUGGUAUGGUUGCAGUAAAGAGACGCCUCGCUGCUUUGGCACUGUGCAGGAUGACACUCCAGAUUACCUUUAUCUUGAUCGCUGGACACCUCCCUGCUGUCUGCGUGCUCUCAGGGAAACCACCAAGUAUGUUAUCAAUAUCCUGGAGACCUCAGGUGUGCGCUACUGGCUCGAGGGGGGGACUCUGCUGGGCGCCGUCCGCCAUCAAGACGUCAUCCCAUGGGAUUAUGAUGUGGACCUUGGUAUCUACCUGGAGGAUGUACCCAACUGUGAUCACUUGAAGAACCUGGACUCUGGCUCUCUUGUGGAUGCUAACGGCUACGUCUGGGAGCGCGCAGUGGAAGGAGACUUCUACAGAGUCCAGUACAGCGAGGCCAACCACCUACAUGUUGACCUGUGGCCAUUCUAUCCACGUAAUGGCGUCAUGACCAAAGACACAUGGACAGAGCACAAACAAGACGUGGAGUUCCCAGAGCACUUCCUGCAGCCGUUGGUGCCCAUGUCUUUUGCCGGCGUCACUGCCUACAGCCCGAACAACCACCGAGGCUUCUUGGAGCUCAAGUUUGGAGAGGGGGUUAUUGAGAAUCCCCAGUAUCCUAACCCCUCCAAAAAGAGGCUGGACAGAAGCAAAUUAUGAGAUAGAGACUCGAAAGCCCAUUUAAUGUUGUAUCUGUUUACCUAACAACACAAAAUUGUUUGGCCUCAACUUAUUAUUAUCUUUAAACAGCAUAAAAGAUGAUGGUUGAAAACUAAUAUGCCAAAAUGACUGCAUUUUAUGUCAAUUUUACCACAACUAUAUCACCAGUUUAAUCUCAUGCUUGGUACUAUUUUUACUAUUAUCAGUAUUUGAAUGCAAAGUCUAAACUUGGACUGCCUUUUUAUUCUGUGUCAGAGUGGUGAGAUUUUGUUUGCAAGGCAUGAACGCUUGAAAGAUUUAAUUCCAUACACUGGUAUUUUUAUCAGGCAUAUCUUAGAGGCAAUAACUGGUUCUACUACAUCGGUAUGUGUUGUACAGUAAAGUAUGAAUAUGACUGCUGUAAAGAUGGUAAAUACUUUUAAAUUAUAUUGAUAUUGUUUUUUGGUUGAAAGCUGCAGUGUACAUUAUCUGAAUAAUGAUUUAAGGUUUUGGACAGAAUUGUCUUUAAUAAUAAACAAUUCUUAAACUUUAUUUAUUUAUUUGCACUGGUACUUUCAGUUUAUGCAGUUUAUGAAUGAAUAUCGAUGACAUUUGGUACCAAACUGCUGUGGCGUGGCGAGUACAUUUCUAUGUGUUGAAAUGAACGAAACCGGUCAUUUAUGCCAUUAUUGUUGGCAUAUGGAGAGGAAGAAAUGUUGCUUGAUCAGGCCUUAGUAUUCAGUUAAAAAAAAUAUUUAAACGUUUCAUGAAUAUUAACUCUAAGUAUGUGUGUUACUACUGAGCACCCACGAUGUACGAACUGGAAUGGAAUUCCAAUUCAGAGGAUUAUUUAAAGAAAGAUAUUCCAAAAGAGAAGUUGCAGAUAAAAGCGCACCAGCCUCUCCGGGUACAACAGGUGUUGUGUUGUUACUUGUGUCUGUGAGAUGUAUCAAGUUGUCACUCCAAUUCAUGAACUGGUUAAAAUAAAGGAGUUGUU